AAUUUUCACGGAAACAAAACUCGUCUCUUUCCUUUCCAAGCCAUUGUAGUCGAGGGUAAAAUCUCAUAAAACUUCAUAGCUAUAGUACAACUCAAAGUGCCCAGAUUUAAGUCUUGACGUUGAUAAUGUUAUUCACCAACAAGUGAUUGAAACAAGUUUGGAUCUUGGAACAUUAGCCAUACAACUUCACUCUUACUAUAUUUCAACUAUAUCAUUUAGUUAGGGUAUAAGAGGGUAAUUAGUUAAGAAUUUGGGGAAUUUGGGAUGUUAGAGCUUAGAAAUGUUUAGGGUUUUAGCCCAAUGAUCGUCAACUCAAAAACAUACAAGAAGAAAGCCCUAUCGAUUCGUUUUAUCGACAAAUCAGGGUUAGUUGAUUCGUACAGAGCUCAAUUUCUGAAUGUUAUGAAAAAGUAGCAAAGCAUUUCUCUUUCACUCGAUUUCGUCUGAACCAGAACCAGAAGCCAACUCUUCAAACGUCAACUAUUCACCGAUCGAUCCCAAACUUUCUGAGUGGAGAAUGGUGAAUGUUCCCUCUUUGGUGUCUCUGAGCAUUGACGCACUUAAAAGAGAACUCAUUCACGGGGAUGAUCUUUUGCCGCAUGUCUAUGAACUUCCUCUGGAGUUGUUCAAUUCAUUAGUAGAAUGUCUACCUCCUCUGGCCUUGCAGAAGCUGCAAAGUGAAAUGCCAUUUAAGAACUAUGAUGACUAUGGUCCUUCUAGUGAUGACUUAAAAAUGGGGAGAAAACGUGGAAGAUAUGGGAAUUUCGAUACAGCGUGGAAGGCAUUGUUUAAGUUUCGUUGGCCUGAUCUUGCGGAGUGUGUCAAACCAGUUGAUUGGCAGCAGAUUUACUGGGAAACUCAUGUGCAGAAUUGCCUAGAUGAAGCAGCAGAGAUAGCUUUGCUUCCAUCAUUUAGUGGAUGCCUUGGUGAGAUACAGAUUUUAGAGAAUAUACUGCAAUACAUUGGGUAUGUGGAUGAUAUGAGUAACUUGGCUUCAGAUUACUUGAAAUUAUCUUACCACUGCCAGCAAUUUGGGUGUUAUUCUAGACGGUUGAGACUUCAAAAUGUGCUCUGUGUUUUAGAAUCUUGUCAACUUUUGAGGAAGUCCAACUUGCAAAGCUUGGUGGUACAGUGGAUCAGAUCCUCAGAACAUGUUGCUGGAUUAUGCAAACUUCUCAAUCAGAACUCUAGAACAUUAACAUCACUUGAAUUUGUACACUGCAAGAUCUCUUCCAGCUUUAUGGACACAAUUUGUGGUUCCUUGUGCUCAAGUGGUGCAGAAACUCACCAAAUACAUCACUUCUCCAUUAGCUCUUCAAGCUUUCAUGAGAUUGAUCCAGUUUCCCUAGCUCAUAGCCUUGCAUCGUUUCUAUCAUCAGGAAGGUCCUUGCGGUCAUUAAAGCUAUGUGACAACAACCUGGAUCGGAAUUUUGCCAAAAGUGUUUUUAGUACUCUACUGGAUUCUUCGUGCAGUCUAACAAGCUUUGACCUUUCAGAAAACAAUAUAUCUGGAUGGCUUUCUAUUUUCAACUGGAAAUCAAAUACCUUUCUGUCAUCUUCUGGAGUGACCAAAUCUUUGCAGUCAUUACGCAUCCUCAAGCUAGGGGGUAAUAAUCUACAGAAAGAUGAUGCUGGUAAUCUAAGAUAUGUCCUGGUUCAAAUGCCGAGCUUGGAGAUUUUGGAUCUUAGUGACAAUCCAAUUGAAGAUGAUGGCAUCAGGUCUGCAAAAAGUUUAAUCCCUUAUUUUGCUGAAGCAUCUAAAAGUUGCUCUCCCUUGACGGAUUUGAAUCUGGGAAGUUGUGAGCUUUCCAGUGAUGGAGUGAUUCUACUUCUGGAUGUCCUAUCAACCUUAGCGAGACCAUUGAAUUCUCUCUCUCUUGCUGAUAAUGGCCUUGGCAGCCAAGUAGCAGAAGCUUUGGGAAAGUUUUGGGGUACAUCUAUCCAAGUACUUAAUCUCGAAGGUAUAGGACUGGGUCCAUCAGGAUUUCGGAAACUAAGAGAUAUAAGAAUGGAGAACUUAAAGCUUGUUAAACUUAACAUAAGCAAAAAUCGUGGUGGGAUUGAAACUGCAAAGUUUUUGUCAAAGCUCAUUCUCCAUGCUCCUAAACUUGUUGCAGUCAAUGCAGCAUAUAAUCUCAUGCCUGCAGAAUCCUUGCCGUUAAUAUGCUCCGCACUGAAAACUGCAAAAGGUCUUGUGGAGCAAGUGGACUUGAGGGGGAAUAUCUGUGAGUAUCAGCCCUCCCAUGAUACCAUGCUCGCUGAAUUUCAACAUAACGGGAAGCCUAUUUUGAUUCUUCCGUCGUCGGUAGCCUUAAACAUACCUUAUGAUGAUGACCCUUAGCUGACAUUAGUGGCUAUGUUUAGGGUUGAGAUCAUAAGUUUUUUAGUGCUUAGUUAAAAUGCUUAGGAAAGUGAUUUUCUAUUCUAUUUAGUAUAUAUAUAACUUUAGUAAUAUCUUUACCUUUUUAUAUAAAUUGACUUUAUAUAUUUUUUCAAUUAAGUUGCUAUGAGAUUAACUCGUAAUAUUAACUCAAUUAAACAAUCAAACAUUUUAGUUAUAAUAUAGAUGAUUCUUAGCAUGUCA